UCCAGAAACCACACUUACUGGGCCAACAGUCAGCAAAAUCAGCACAAGAAAAAGCCUCCUCUUUUCUUUUUGGGUUGAACUCUAUAUUGGGCUCUUUAGCCGAUGCUGCCAAAACAUAUUCUCCGCCGCGACUCUCUGUCUCUCUCUCCCAGCCGCCCCCUCUCUCGUCUCACAGAACAGAUGCAACUUGCCACCGCCGCUUCAAAUCUCACAAUUUCUACUCUCUGUUGGUCAUCAGUUAGGCGAUUAGAAUACUCUCUCCUUCUCUUUCAUCUGGCUGUUAGUUAUUGCUUGUUAGGGUUUGGAAGUUUAUCUAAUGGGACCCUGCUUGUGUUCUGAUUUUCACUGAUUCAAAGUUGUCGAUUGUUUGAAAAUUUUGACCCUCUUUUUCCUUUACAAUAAACAAAACUCCUCUAAAAACCUUACUCUCCAACGUCAAGAGUCCAAAAGAAUGGAAGAGAAGGAUACAACAAGCCCUAAGACAACGCAAGAGCUAGCAAUGGAAGGCCAGAAGCAUCUAGAAGAAACCAUAGAGGCAGCUUUCCAGAUCCUCUCCUCCAUGAAUGACGAGCUCUGCAACCCCACAUUGUGGUCCACCACUUCCUCUUUUUCAGCUGCUACAAACAUAGCAAAUGGUCCUGCUCCCCACGCAAAUGGUGUCAAUAAUGGCGAUUCAUCUUCUUCUGAAAACACUUCUACCCAUCACGGAGACUUAAUUGGUGCUGGUGGUUCUGGCACCGGAGGAGCUCUUGAAGAGGCUCGGCAUCGGUAUACGAACUCUGUGCGCUUACUCCGUGCUGUUCUCACUGCGAUUCCCAACUCUCAGAAGGCACCAUCUGAAACUAGUUCAACUGCAGUCAGUUCAGAAUCACCAGCAGAUGAAGCUGAAAUUGAGAAGUUAGAUGAGCGAGCCUCCAAUUUGAGAAAGGAGCUUGCAAACAAGAAUGUGUAUAUCAAGUUUCUUAUAGAUCAACUACGAGAUCUUAUUACUGACAUAUCAACAUGGCAAAGUCCUUGUUCCAUCUGAUUUCGAAAUGGAUCUAAAAAAUAUAGUGUCCUUGCGCACUGAAGAACUCUGAAGGUGAUUUUGCUUUAGUAUUAAGUUUGCACAAUCUGUGAUAUUUACAAUUGUUUAUCUCUUCCAAUCAGUUUGGCGAGGGUUUGGUUAUGAUUUCACAGGGGAAAAUUUCACGAGGAGAAUAUUAGAUGAGAGAUACAGUAGCGAAAGUUUGUAAAUCUUGAGACAUCUGAAGUUAAAGAUCAAGUUGUCGAAUCAAAUUUCCGAUAUGAUUAGUGCCUUCCUUGAAUUCUU